GGUCAGUCGGUGUCCCAGGCCCCGCCCCUUCUGGGUGUCGCCUGUGAGCGCGGUAGGGGGAGAGGCGGUGCGUGGCAUCCCAGGUCUCCCUCGUGUGGCGUCGGGGCGAGCCCGGUCGGUCGACCUUUCACGUAGCCGGCGGCCGUUACCGUCGAAGUGGGAGGGGCUUCGCCUACCGAAGACGUGGCUUUAACCGCGCGAGGCGGACGAGAAGGGGGACAGUGGCGUGCGUGGUGUCACUCCCUCCUACCACACCGACCAUGACUGACUUCAAGCUUGGCAUCGUGCGACUCGGUCGGGUGGCCGGCAAGAUCACUGCUUGCUGUCAGUGAGUGGGGGGCGUUCUUGUUUGCCUCCAGUGGCUGAAAACCUUCACAGACCCAGUAAUUGGCACGGCGGAGCAUCUGUCACAAUUGUAUCCAGUCUUGACUGAUCCAUUAUAUCAAUUGAUGUUUCCAUUCACUGACAGAUAAAGUAUACAUUAAUCGAUGAGCAGGACAUCCCGCUGGUGGACAACUAUUCAUUUGAAGCUCGGAUGGAGGUGGACGCUGACGGGAACGGUGCGAAGAUCUUCGCCUACGCUUUUGACAAGCACAAGGGCAGGGGGUCUGGGCGUCUGCUCCAUGAAUUAUUAUGGCAGAGGCAUAAAGGAGGGAUCGCUCCCGGCUUCCAGGUCCUGCACCUCAACGGCAUCACGGUGGAUAACAGGCUGGACAAUCUGCAGCUGGCGCCCUGGGGCUGGAAACCGGAGGUGGAAGAAGUGUCAAGCAAGCAGAGGGAGCAGUCCCUCUAUUGGCUAGCGAUACAGCAGCUCCCCACCGACCCAAUCGAGGACUUGUUUCCACUGCUGAACGUCACCCGCUGCUACAACGCCAAUGGAGAGGUCGUCCGGGAAGAGGAGAAUUCCUGCACUUACUACGAAUGUCACUACCCCCCAUGCACCAUGAUGGAGAAGCAGUUACGUGAAUUUAAUAUAUGUGGUAGAUGCCAACUAGCAAGAUACUGUGGUACCCAGUGCCAACAGAAAGACUGGCCCGCUCACAAAAAACACUGUUCGGAGAAGAUCCGGAUCAUGAACUGCGAGCCGGACCCCGAGCGGUGACUGGAGCGGCGCGGCUGUUCCAUUGCUGUACAUGAUCCAUUAUCUGUGUCCAUAGAGGCCGGGAUGUUGUGUUUUUUUGCACACGUACGAGUGACUGGUCGCGGAGGCCCAGAGGCACUGAGGAUAAUCCUGUGACGCUUGAGUUGGGGGGCGUAGGACCCUGACGCUGGACAAUGCCGCCCCGGGUGGAGCGGGGCUCCUCCAGUAUUACACACUGACUACUGUGACCGCUCCGGCCGGGGGCCCCUAAUUUAUGUCGUUUGUAAAUUUAAAGUUCUCUUGUUUAUUAUUAUUAUUUUUUUGCCAUUUUUAUAAUGUUUUGGUCUGAGCGCCCGUCGCUCCCCGGAUCGGCGUUCUGCCGUAUAUUUUGUGCCAAUUUUUCCUUUACCAGCUCCGAGGCACAAACCACGUGGACGCAUCAAGUUUGGGAUCUGGAAUAUUAUGCAUGUAAAUUAAAAGAAAAGUAGACUGUC